CUGUGGUUCUCGGUUUGGCAGGCGGUGAUGGAGUCGGAGAUGAAGUUCGACCUGGAUGGAGACGGACUCAUUGAGAACUCUGGAUAUGCAGACCAGACUUAUGAUGGAUGGACAGUGACUGGACCAAGGGUAUGUUGACCGAAGGCCUGCGUACGGCUGAAGGCUGUUACCGGACUGUGUGGGAACAGCUGGGCAUGGCCUUCCAGACUCCUGAGGCCUACUGUGAGAAGAGCAUCUACCGCUCUCUGGCCUACAUGAGGCCGCUGAGCAUCUGGGCCAUGCAGCUGGCCCUGAACGCCUCACAGAGGGACCAGACCACUUUGGCUUCAACUGGAACCACAGACCAGGACCAGGCAGUACAAGCUCAGAAAGAAGACCAGAGCUAGGACCGGAGCCACCUGACAGACUGUCUAUCCUGUGCUGCUUUAUCUGAUCGACUGAAGACUUUUCCACAUUUUCUGUUGUUUGACAGAGUUGUGGUGGUUGGAGAAGAACUCCUGUAGAUCAUAAUGUUGUCAGAUGAUGGGUCUGAAGAGCAAACGCUCCUGAUUUACAACAUUAGUCGCUUUUCCAUUGGACGUCUGCACGAAACUUUGCUGAUAUUUAUUAAGU